AUGGCAGAGGGAGGCCAGAGCCGGUCUAGUGGAAAGGCCAGUGCCAGGAUCCAAGGCUUUCAUUGGCAGGAGGGAUUUCCAGAGACUUGUGAAGGUGGUAGAAGGCAGCAAGAACUUUACCAGCUGUUAAAGACCAAGAUCACUGGGGUGAUCCUGCUGGCUGUUGGAGUCUGGGGCAAACUCACUCUGGGCACCUACAUCUCCCUGAUUGCUGAGAACUCCACAAAUGCUCCCUACGUGCUCAUCGGAACUGGCACCACUAUCGUGGUUUUUGGCCUGUUUGGAUGCUUCGCGACCUGCCGUGGUAGCCCGUGGAUGCUGAAACUGUAUGCCAUGUUUCUGUCGCUGGUGUUCCUGGCUGAGCUGGUAGCUGGCAUUUCUGGGUUUGUGUUCCGUCAUGAGAUCAAGGAUACCUUCCUGAGGACUUACACGGAUGCCAUGCAGAAUUACAACGGCAAUGAUGAGAGGAGCCGGGCGGUGGAUCACGUGCAGCGCAGCCUGAGCUGCUGUGGCGUGCAGAACUACACCAACUGGAGUGCCAGUCCCUACUUCCUGGAGCACGGCAUCCCCCCGAGCUGCUGCCUGAACGAAACCGACUGCAAUCCCCAGGACCUACACAAUCUGACUGUGGCUGCCACCAAAGUGAACCAGAAGUUACAUCUGGGGGGCCAAAGAAGUGUGCAGUUCAGUGACUUGAGAUUGUGGUCUUCGUUUCUCUUCUGGCAACAGCUGAUCGGCAUGCUGCUGGCCUGCUGUCUGUCCCGGUUCAUCACGGCCAACCAGUAUGAGAUGGUGUAAGGAGAAGUCUUUCAAGCACGAUGGAAUAAGAGACCUGUUUUAAAAAGGAACCACAGCACUCUCUGAAAGACUUCCAGAGGAUGUUAGAGCACAGUACCUAACACACCCGCCCCCGCGCUCCCUAACCCCCCAGCCAGUGUGCAACCGACCCGCCCGCGCAGUCUCGCUCCGCCUUCCAGCCCGCAUCCCGUGUACCGUUCCAUUUGGUGAAGCCCCGUCGUGCCAGAGUGUAGCCGGGUUCCCUGCAUCCAGUCCUAGCGGACCCCACCUGAGGCCCCCUGCGUGCCAUCUCCUUCAUCUGUACUUGGUCCAACUCUAGCUCAUUGUAGGUGACUGGUUAUCACACCGUCCCUGGCCCCGCCAGGCCCUGCAUGUAGUAUGGAAGGUUCCCGCUCACCCUUCAGGACUGAUAAAUGCCAUACCCCUUGAUGUAGAUAAGCUGAUAGCUGUCUGUUCUUUUGGCUUAAUCUCCUUUGGUUUGGUCUUCCCUUUACUAAGGCUCUUUCCUACCUUCUUCAGGCUGCCUAGGAUAUGUAAAGACAGACAUCAGUAAUGGUCCGUGAGGAGGAAAAAGCCUGCGUCAUGCAUGAAGGAAAUAGCUGAGCGUUAGGUGGCCUCCUUGCUCAUUAUUGUUACAUGCCUGGGUGUGUGUAGACAGUUUAGUGGCCCCCAUGCCUCUCGGGUGAAACCCUGUAUAAUCCUGUUACCAAGCUGUGUUGUUGCCUCCUGUGAAGGAGAUAAUAAUACUUCUGUUCUUCCCCAAUUAAUUGCUCUUGUGUUAUUUCACUUCUUUCUGUAUUUUUUCUUUGCAUCGACAUUACGGACAUCGAGGACCUCAGCAAUUCAGUUUAAAAACGAAUGUGAAGGGGGAACAAAGUCAAAAUAUUUUUAGAAGAACUUAAGAAACAAUGCCUCUGUCUAGCAUGCCAACAAGAAUGCGUUGAUAUUGUGAACAUUUGUGAUACAUGUAUUAAUAAAUAGAAUCAUUACAAA